AUGGGCCCCCAGGACUGGUUACGCCCAGACUGCUACGCCGAAGACACACCGCCCGACUCGCUCACAAUGCCAGCCAAGAAGAACAACAAGAAGAAGACCACCGCCAACGUCUCCCCCGAGCAGCGCAAGGCCGCGCUCGAGGCCAAGGACGCCGGCAACAAGGAGUUCACCGCGGGCAACUACGACGCCGCCGCGAAGCACUUCACAGCCGCCAUCGAGGCGGACCCCACCGAUCACGUCUUCUACUCGAACCGCUCCGCGUGCUACGCGUCGGUGGGCAAGCUGAACGCCGCGAUUGAGGAUGCGGAGAAGUGCAUCGAGAUCAAACCCGAGUGGGGCAAGGGCUACUCCCGCCUCGGCGUCGCCCUCUUCAAGAAGGGCGACCUCGACGGCGCGCAGAAGGCCUACGCGGGCGGCAUCGCGUGCGACCCGAACAACGUCCAGUGCGACGACGGACUCGCCGAGGUGCGCAAAGCCAAGGAGCAGCAGAUGCUCAACGGCGGCAAGAUGGCGGAUAUGUCGCUCGUCGAGCCCGUCAUCGGCAUCGACCUCGGAACCACGUACUCCUGCGUCUCCGUGUGGAAGGACGGCGAGGCGCAGGUCCUCGCCAACUCCGAGGGCGACAGGACCACGCCGUCCUGGGUCGCCUUCACCGACGACGGCCGCCUGGUGGGCGACUCUGCCAAGCGCCAGGCGGCGCAAAACACCAAGCGCACGCUCUUCAACGUCAAGCGCAUCAUCGGCCGCCAGUUCAGCGAGUGCCAGGAGGAAAUCAAGAUCAUGCCGUUCACCGUCAAGGAGGACAAGGCGACGGGCAAGCCCAUCAUCGAGGUGGAGGUUGACGACGAGCCCAAGGAUUUCACCCCCGAGCAGAUCUCCGCCAUGGUGCUCGAGAAGAUGAAGAAAACCGCAGAGGUGGCGUUGGGCCGUCCCAUCAAGAAGGCGGUCAUCACCGUCCCGGCCUACUUCAACGACGCGCAGCGCAGGCAGACCAAGGACGCGGGCGCCAUCGCGGGCCUCGACGUCCUUCGCAUCAUCAACGAGCCCACCGCCGCGGCUCUGGCGUACGGCUUGGAUCAGAAGAACGCCGCCGACGCGGGUGCCGACGUCAAGAGCACGCAGAACAUCCUCGUGUUCGACCUCGGCGGCGGUACCUUCGACGUGUCCCUGCUUAAGAUCGAGGACGGCGUGUUCACCGUGCUCUCCACGGCGGGAGACACGCACUUGGGCGGCGAGGAUUUCGACACGGCGCUCGCGGAGGAUGUCUCUUCUCAGUACAAGAAGAAGAGCGGCCAGGAUAUCUUCACCGGCGACGACAGGGCGCAGCGCAAGCUCCGCACCGCGUGCGAGCGCACCAAGCGCAUGCUCUCCUCCUCCACGGGCGCCAACGUCGAGUGCUUCGUCGGCGAGCACGAGAUCAACAUGCCCUACACCCGCGCGAGGUUCGAGAAGGUUUGCGAGCCCCUCUUCCAGCGUUGCAUGGAAUCCGUCAAGCGCGUCCUGGACGACGCCAAGAUGACCAAGGCUCAGGUUGACGAGAUCGUCCUCGUCGGAGGCUCCACCCGCAUCCCCCGCGUCCAGGCCAUCUUAUCCGAGCACUUCGACGGCAAGGCGCUGUGCAAGUCGGUGCACCCCGACGAGGCUGUCGCCUUUGGCGCGGCGGUGCAGGGCGCGAUUCUUUCGGGCGCGAGGGACUCGGCCACCUCGAACCUGCUGCUCGUGGACGUGAUCCCGCUGUCGCUCGGCAUCGAGUGCGAGGGCAAGGCGUUCGCCAAGGUUGUCCCGCGCAACACCCCUGUGCCGUGCAAGAAGAAGCAGGAGUUCUCCACCGUGCAGGACUACCAGCAGGAGAUUGACGUUCGCAUCUUCGAGGGCGAGCGCUCCAACACCGACGGCAACCACCUCCUCGGAGAGUUCCAGAUCGAGGGCAUCGAGCGCGCCAAGGCGGGCGAGCCCAAGAUCGACGUCAUCUUCGAGGUCAACACCAACGGCCUGCUCACCGUCACCGCGCGCGACCAGGUCACCGGCGCGCAGGCUGACGUCAAGCUUCAGCACGACCGCGGUCGCCUCACCCCCGAGGAGAUUGACCGCAUGUGCAAGGAAGCGGAGGAGAUGCGCGCGGAGGAUGAGCGCGCGGAGAGGGAGAACCUCGCCGCCAUGGAGCGCGGCGACGACGACAUGUAG